AUGGCGUUCGUCGCCAGAAAAGCACCGUCCAUUUUGCCGGCGGCUCCGGCUGCCACGUCAUCGUUCAAGCACAUGAUCUACGAGGAACCGCACUUUGCCAUGCAGAACAGUUUGAACAAAGUAAGUGAUGACGGUCCUGGCAGGGCAUUCCUCAUUCAAAGCGACGUAUCUCAGUUGUUUGUGGAGGUAUCAAAAAGUGUUCAACGGAUAAAAUGUGCAAAAUUUCUUAGUAAACAAGUUAUUAGUUGACCACGUUUUCAUAUCUCUACUGGCAACUGAGAUACAUCGUUUUGAAUGAACGGUAUUCAAGUUUUUUGAAAAAUUGCCCUUGUUAAUUGACAUUUCUCAACUCUAACCCGAUUUUCAACAAAUCAGCACCUACAACACUCUUUUUUUUGCAGCUGAUAAAAGAGAAGAUCAACCCGAACGUGGCGCAGUGGGAGAAAAGCGGCAGGUAUCCGGCGCACGUCGUCUUCAAAUUUCUCGGACAGUUGGGCGUGUUUGCGGCCAACAAACCAGUGGGUGAGCGCUUUUUAUGCACUUAAAUUCAAUAAUUCCGUUGAUUUUCUGCUAGAAUUCGGCGGAAUGGGCGCGGAUUUCCGGAUGGGAAUCGCGAUCGCCGAGCAGAUCGGCGCCGUCGACUGUGGUUCGAUUCCGAUGUCGGUGAUGGUGCAGACGGACAUGAGCACGCCCGCCUUGUCCCAAUUUGGUGAGUUUAGGUCAAAUUUCUCCAGAGUUGCCACGGCCCGGUUCAAAAAGCGGGAAUCCAAAUUUUGAACUAUUGAUUAAAUAAAAUGUUUGUUUUUCCGAGAAAAAAAAACGGCGAACAAAUCAAUGUUUUACACGCCGCAAUCCGAAAGUUGGAAAAAAAUGGCUAAAGAGCGCGCGCGACCGUAAUGUCGGAGUGUCGUAGUUUUUUUUUUAAAUUUUGAUCCCCGCAAAAAAAAACGAAAAAAUAGAUUUCCCCCAAAAACUUGAAUUCGCGCCUUUUGAGCCGGGCCGGGCCAGCAAAUUUUCGGCCCGGCCCGUAAUUUGGCAAGUCUGAAUUUCUCCAAACGAUUUGAAUUUCGAGUCCGUGACAAAAGGUCGGAAAACCAAAAAGGUCGGAAGACAAAAGGUCGGAAAGCCAAAAGGUCGGAAAAAAGUGACAAAAGGUCGGAAAAAAAUGACAAAAGGUCGGAAAAAAGUGACAAAAGGUCGGAAAAAAUGCCAAAAGGUCGGAAAAACUGCUAAAAUACCUGUUUUCUGGCUUUUUGUAAUUUUUUUCUGACCUCUUGGCAUUUUUUCCGACAUUUUGUCACUUUUUUCCGACCUUUUGGCUUUCCGACCUUUUUGGUUUUCCGACCUUUUGUCACGGACUCUGAAUUUCACGCCAAAAGUGCGGAAGAGCGCGCUUGAAAAGUUGCAAUCGCACGUACUCCAGGUUCGGACGUUCUGCGCAACCGCUUCCUCCGCCCGACAAUCAACGGCGACCUCGUCAGUUCGAUCGCCGUCUCGGAGCCGCACGCCGGCUCCGACGUGUCGGCGAUUCGAACGACGGCGCGCCGCUCCGGCUCCGACCUGCUCAUAAACGGCUCGAAGAUGUGGAUAACGAACGGCGAGCAGGCGGAUUGGGCGUGCGUGCUCGUGAACACGUCGAAAGAGCCGAACGUGCACAAGAACAAGAGCCUCGUGUGCGUUCCGCUGGACCUGCCCGGCGUGCACAGAUCCACGCCGCUCGACAAGCUCGGCAUGCGCAGUUCCGACACGGUACAGCUGUUUUUCGACGAUGUUCGGGUUAGUUUUCAUCCGCUUGUACUCAAAACUAUUUUGCUUCUGCUUUCAGGUUCCCUCCACGUAUAUAAUCGGCGAGGAGGGUCGCGGCUUCACGUACCAAAUGAAACAGUUCAACGACGAGCGUCUGGUCACUGUGGCCGUCGGCCUACUUCCCCUCCAAAAAUGCAUCAACGAGACGAUCGAGUACGCGCGCGAUCGGUCCAUAUUCGGCAAGACGCUUCUCGAUCAGCAGUACGUGCAAUUCCGGCUCGCCGAGCUCGAAGCGGAACUCGAAGCGACACGCUCGCUUCUCUACCGGACAGUGCUGGCGCGGUGCCAGGGCGAAGACGUGAGCAUGCUGACCGCAAUGUCGAAACUGAAGAUUGGACGGUUGGCACGCAAAGUGACCGAUCAAUGUUUGCAAGUAGGAAUUCAGUCUGAAACUAUUGUAUUUAAUGGGGCUAUUCAGGGGAUGAAGUUUUCCGUUUUUUCCCUAUUCAGCGAUGUCAAAAAAUGAAAAAAAACGAAGAGAAAUGCAUCGCUCGCAGCGUUUUUUUUCCGGCGGUUCUCGCAGCGAUUUCCCGGACGCGAAGCAUGCGGCUACUGUGAGAGACAUUUUAUGAGUGGAUUUACGAAAAAUUUUCUAAUUUUUCAGCAAAAUUGCCACGUUUUCCCGCUAUUUUGAACCGAUUUUCACCGAAAAGCUCAAUGUUUUGAACGAUAUGACAAGGCACUCGAAACUAUCAACAAAAAAAAAGAAUUCAAGCGAAGUCGGUCGGAAAUAGCGGAAAACGUGGCGAUUUCGCAUCGUUACCAUAACAGAUAAAUAAGAACGGAAAUUCCGUUGAAAAUCGGUUGAAAAUAGCGGGAAAACGUGGCAAUUUCGCUGAAAAAUUAGAAAAAAAAUUCCCCCUUCUCGUAAAUCCACUCAUAAAACGUCUCUCACAGUAGCCGCAUGCUUCGCGUCCGGGAAAUCGCUGCGAGACCCGCCGGAAAAAAACGCUGCGAGCGAUGCAUUUCUUUCCGUUUUUUUCUUCAUUUUUUGACAUCGCUGAAUAGGGAAAAAAACGGAAAACAAUCAUUUUUUCAUCCCCUGAAUAGCCCCAUAACUGUGUUAUUCAGAUUUGGGGCGGCGCCGGAUACCUGAAUGAGAACGGAAUCUCACGGGCGUUCCGCGACUUUCGAAUCUUCUCGAUCGGCGCCGGAUGCGACGAAGUCAUGAUGCAGAUUAUUCACAAAACACAGUUUAGAAGACAUCAAAUGUCGAAAAAUUAA